GUGUAUAAAAUGGAGCAAAUUCUGUUGAUCUUCCCGCAGCAAAGAGGACAUUAAAAGGUUGUAAAGAUGCAUCAUUUCUUUGCAAGCUGCACUCUUGUGGCAUUGGUGUUAGCUGCAUGCCUGGCAGACCACCACCAUGGACAUGACAUGAAAUGCCACGAGCUUUCCCCUCCCAAUGCAGAAUUUGGCUUUGCCUUAUACAAAACCCUGAACACCAAAGCAGGUGCUGCAGAGAACAUCUUCUUCUCCCCACUGGGGAUCUCCACCGCACUGUCGUUACUGUCCUCGGGGGCACAUGGUGAGACCCACAGCCAGCUGUUUUCCACUCUUGGCUACAGUGGCAAGGAGGAGGCGACGAUCAACCAAGCGUACAAGCAUCUUUUGCAUAUGCUUGGCCAUAACAUAGAGAACCAGCUGCUUGAUGUCACUAAUGCAAUUGCUGUAGACAACAGCUUCAGUCCUUCUGACAUCUUCAUGAAAAAUGCCAAGGAAUUCUACUCUGCUGAGGUUCUCAAGGUUGACUUUGCCAAAUCUCAAGAGGCUGCGGCUGAGAUCAACUCACACAUAGCUGACGAAACACACAACAUCAUUAAAGACCAUGUUAAGAACUUGGAUGAAGCCAUGGCUAUGAUACUGAUCAACACAGUCUACUUCAAAGGAGAGUGGGAUAAACCCUUCAACAAGUCGCACACAAGAAAGGCUGACUUCCAUGUGGACGAGAAUACCAAAGUCGAAGUUGACAUGAUGGCGAGGACAGGUCGCUACGACUUGUAUUACGAUGAUGACAAUGGCACCACCGUCCUCAUGCUGCCGUACAAGGGGAACACCUCCAUGAUGAUCAUCCUUCCUGAUGAGGGCAAGAUGAAGAGUGUGGAAGGCUCCAUAAACAAGAACUACAUUAAGCAUUGGCAUGACUCCAUCUAUAGACAAUCUGUGGACGUGUUCUUGCCCAAAUUUUCAAUUUCUGCUACAGCUGCUUUGGACAGCACAUUGAAAGAAAUGGGAAUAACCGCUGCUUUCGGAGACGCUGCUGAUUUCUCUGGCAUUUCCGAUGAUGCCAAGCUGAAGCUAUCUAAGGUAUCCCAUGAGGCGGUUCUGAACAUUGACGAAACAGGGACCGAAGCAGUAUCCGUCACUACACUGGAGAUGAUGCCGAUGAGUAUGCCUAUGAGUGUGAAUCUUAAUAGACCAUUCUUGGUCUUUAUCCUGGAGGACUCCACUUGUAGCAUCCUCUUCAUGGGCAAGAUCAGUAACCCCACAGCCAAUUAAAUAAACCAGUGUUGCAAAAUGUAAAGAUAUUUUUUCAACCUCAUGACAAAGUGUUGUCCAUCGCAAUUUGGUCAUGUAAACAUCUAUUAACUCAAUAAAUCCAAGUCAAUGGA